AUGUCCCAGUUCUCAGUCCCUUUUGUGACCUCCCCGCCACCUUUUAUGGACUCCCAGUACAUCGCAUCGCUGCCAUCAUCCUCCAUGAACACCAUAUAUCAUCGAGAGGCCGACAGCGCCAGCCCUCGCGCUUUUCCUCCCUCCCCAUCUCCUUCCAAUGGCGAGCACCGAGUGAGCAAAGCCAGGAAGGGCAAACGGGUACAUGCUUGUGAGCAUCCCGGCUGCGGCAAGGUCUUCACAAGAGCCGAACACCGACGACGACACGAGUUGAGCCACAAGGCUCAGAGGCUCUUCACCUGCUCCCAUGAAGGCUGCACAAAGGCUUUCCACCGUGCCGAUUACUUGAACCAGCACAUGGCCCGACACGACCCUGAUUACUCCCCAAAGAGAUCUCCUUCCGUGAAAAGCGCCUACUCUGCUUCGUCUCCAGUCCCGAUCGGGCAGUUGCAGCCUUUCUCCAAGUCUCCAAUGCUGCCUGGAUUCCAGACUCCGCCACCAUCUGCCGGCACGACAACCUCGAGCAACCCCGAGCAAUCCCUGCUCUACUCUUCUCCGUCCUAUGACUGUCAGCAUCACGACCAAGGAGGCAUGUACAGUAACACUUUGUACAACUACCCAACGAGCAUGGGUCAAACCUCGAUCCCGCAAAUCGGACUCGGUAUCGACGCAGAAACGGUUCUCGAGCAAUAUCUGCGAAACGUCCUUCGACCUGAAGCGUUCUUGACGCCGCCUCAAUCCCAGCAACAGAUCGACACUUCUUUCUGGAACUCCAACAACGACUCCAAUCUGCCCUCGAUCAACACUUUAGCUUUCGAAAAUCCCAUCCCCUAUCCUUCGUGGACUUCUGCGCCAGGUACUAUGUCUACAACUGUGCCUGCGCACCAAUUAUCCGGCACACUUCCGCCUUUAGAAAACCAGUGA